CUAGAGACGAUUCUCUUCAAUCAUUCAAAACAAGAAAUCUCCAUAACAUUCUCUUGUCACUACAAAAACAUUAUGGAUACUUAUCUCUUUUCUUUAUUUGCCCCAAUCCUCGUUUUCGUUUUAAUCGCUCUUUUUAAGAAACCAAAGAAGCCAAAAGCUCCCGAACCGAGCGGUGCAUGGCCCAUAAUCGGCCACCUUCACCUUCUCGGUGGAAAGGACCAACUUCUCUACCGAACCUUAGGGGAAAUGGCUAAUCGUUACGGUCCAGCCAUGUCGCUACGACUUGGGAGCAGUGAAGCAUUUGUUGUGAGCAGUUUCGAGGUGGCUAAAGAGUGUUUUACUGUGAACGACAAAGCCUUGGCUUCACGUCCUAUGACUGCAGCCGCAAAGCACAUGGGUUACAAUUUUGCUGUCUUCGGGUUUGCGCCUUACAGCUCCUUCUGGCGCGAGAUGCGUAAGAUCGCAACCGUCGAGCUUCUUUCUAACCGGCGGCUUCAGAUGCUCAAGCACGUCCGUGUUUCUGAGAUCUCAAUGGGUGUGAAAGAUUUGUAUUCCUUGUGGGCAAAGAAAGGUGGUUCAGAACCAGUAAUGGUCGAUCUAAAGAGGUGGUUAGAGGACAUGACACUGAACAUGAUCGUAAGAAUGGUGGCCGGAAAACGAUACUUUGGCGGCAGCUCAGCAUCUUCCGAGGACACCGAAGAGGCGAUGCAAUGCAAAAAGGCCAUCGCAAAGUUCUUUCACCUCAUCGGUAUAUUCACGAUGUCCGAUGCUUUUCCGACACUAGGGUGGUUUGAUCCGCAAGGACAUGAGAAGGAGAUGAAGAAAACGGGUAGAGAACUAGAUGUGAUUCUCGAAAGAUGGAUCGAAACCCAUCGACAACAACGAAAAGUUUCAGGAAAGAAAGAGAAUGAUUCAGACUUCAUUGAUGUUAUGCUGUCGCUUGCGGAACAAGGCAAACUCUCGCAUCUUCAAUAUGAUGCAAAUACUAGCAUCAAAUCCACCUGCCUGGCACUGAUUCUUGGGGGAAGUGAUACUACAGCGUCAACCCUGACAUGGGCCAUUGCUCUUCUUCUAAACAACAAAGAAAUGUUAAAGAAAGCGCAAGAUGAGAUAGACCUCCACGUUGGCACAGACAGGAAUGUUGAGGACUCGGACAUAGAAAACCUGGUGUAUCUUCAAGCGAUCAUCAAAGAAACAUUGAGAUUGUAUCCAGCUGGACCUCUCUUAGGACCUCGAGAGGCGAUGGAAGAUUGCACAGUCGCCAGUUACCACGUUUCUUGCGGCACAAGAUUGAUAGUGAACGUAUGGAAAAUCCAAAGAGAUCCCAAAGUUUGGAUGGAACCAAACGAGUUUAGACCGGAGAGGUUUCUAACAGGAGAAGGAAAAGAGUUUGAUGUGCUUCAUCUUGGUCUUGCUAGUUUUCUUCAAUCGUUUGAAGUGAAAACUGUGUUGAAUCUGCCUGUUGAUAUGAGUGAGAGCCCUGGCCUGACCAUUCCUAAAGCCACGCCUCUUGAGGUUCUAAUCAGUCCACGUCUUGACAAACAGCUCUUUGUGGAAACAAACCACGAGAGGGGAUCUGAUCCCUCUAAUUUCACGUCAAACACCCGAUUCUCCGUUUCUCAAAGCUCUCGAUUCUCCGUUUUGCGAUGCAUUGAGGCGGAAAAAGAGAUGUUUUGCAGAAACGUCUCGGUGAGGCGGAAGAAGAAACCUGGUUCGGUCCCUGUUCAUCUCAAUGUUUACGAUCUAACCCAAAUGAAUAUGUACGGUUACUGGCUCGGGAUCGGGAUCUAUCACUCUGGUCUUGAAGUUCAUGGGGUUGAAUAUGGAUACGGGGCACACGAGAAAUCGAGCACCGGAAUAUUCGAAGUGGAGCCAAGGAAAUGUCCAGGUUUCACCUUCAGGAAAUCGAUUCUGGUUGGUGAAACAGAGAUGAAGGCGAAAGAAGUUCGAAGCUUUAUGGAGAAACUAGGGGAAGAGUAUCAGGGAAACAAGUACCACCUCAUCACAAGGAACUGCAACCAUUUCUGCAACCAAGCUUGUCUAAAACUUACUCAGAAGGCAAUCCCUAGCUGGGUCAACCGUCUUGCUCGCUUAGAUGAUGAUGAAGAAUGA